GAAAGAGAUGAGGACGCCAGGACUACGCAAUUGAGCUCUUCCUCAUGAGAAACAUAAACUGUAUGCAACCUGUAGCAAUGUACUAGUUUCCAGUGUCAUCAAGUCCUCUUUAGACGGAGAAGCUGGUUUCAAUUUUUUACAAUACCAAUUUGAUCCACACGUGGAAACACGUUUCGGGAAAUGAGCAAUUUUGCCCUAAUGUUUUGUUUUGCUUUCUCAUCUUUGUCCUCGUGCACAGCGCUGAAGAGCAACGACGAGCCUAUUAUCGGUGUUUUGGCCCAGGAGGUAUACUCGCCUCGACCACAGAAUGCGUCUUAUAUAGCCGCAUCGUAUGUCAAGUUCCUGGAGUCUGCUGGAGCAAGAGUCGUCCCUGUGAUGAUAAAUAAGACACUGGAAGAGUACAAAACACUGUUCAACUCCAUUAAUGGAAUACUCUACCCUGGUGGUGGUGUUAGCAUCCUCACAUCUGGGUAUGCAAACGCUGCUAGAAUCUUUUAUGAGCUUGCCAUAGAGGCCAACUCAAGGGGUGACUAUUUCCCUGUAUGGGGCACGUGUCUUGGAUUUGAGGAAUUGACGUACCUGACCAGUGGAAAGAUGCUUCUGUCCCACACCAACACCAGUGGUGUGGCAUUGCCACUGGUGUUUACUAACGGAUCAAGAGAGAGUAGGAUGUUCAAGGGCUUCCCAUCAGAGCUCCUGGAUGCCCUGGCCUCUGAGCCAAUCACUGAAAACUCCCAUAAAUGGAGUCUCACUUUGGCGAUUUAUAACAGCAAUGCAGACCUUAGGAAGUUCUACAAAGUCCUGACCACAAGCAGUGAUGGGAAAAACGAGUUUGUGUCAACUAUGGAAGCAUAUGGUUUCCCCAUCUAUGGAACCCAGUGGCACCCUGAAAAGAAUGCAUUUGAAUGGACAAAGCCGUACAUUCCACACUCUCCAUUGGCUGUAAAGGUUACUUUCUUCAUGGCUGAUUUCUUUGUCAAUGAAGCUAGAAAAAACUUUCACAAAUUUGAGGAUGAGGAGGUGGAGAAGAGGGCACUGAUAUAUAACUACAAUCCUGUGUACACUGGAAUCAAGUCAGCCUUUGAACAAAUAUAUUACUUUUGAAAUGAGUGUCUUUUUGAUAUUUUAAGUAGAAAUUGUGGACAAAUAUUGAAUUUUAAAAGCCUGUUAUAUUAAUAGACUUGCUAAAGU